UUGAGGCUCACUAUCCCCAUAUCUUUUGGACACCCUGUGUUGUUCACACUCUUAAUCUUGCUUUGAAGAGUAUAUGCUCUCCGAAACAAACAGAUGUUUCGUACGAUGACUGCAAUUGGAUUUCAACUAUUGCUAGUGAUGUUUGGUCCAUAAAAAAUUUUAUUAUGAACCAUAGCAUGAGAUUGUCCAUGUUUAAUGAACAUUGCAAACUAAAGUUGCUCUCCAUUGCCGAAACAAGAUUUGCUUCCACACUUGUGAUGCUUAGAAGAUUUAAGGAAGUAAAGGAAGGUUUACAACAAAUGGUGAUUAGCCCGAAUUGGGCUUUGUACAAAGAAGAUGAUUUAGUUAAAGCAAUGUCGGUGAAGCAAAAAAUAUUGGAUGAAUACUUUUGGGAGAAGAUUGAUUAUAUUCUUUUCUUUACAGCUCCAAUAUAUGAGGUUAUUAGAAUGGCUGAUACAGAUAAACCUUGUCUUCACUUGGUGUAUGAGUGGUGGGAUACUAUGAUUGAAAAGGUGAAAGCUGCUACCUACAGGAAUGAGCGCAAGGCAUUACAUGAAAAAAACAGCUUUUUUGAUGCGGUGUAUCGCAUUUUAUUGGAGCGAUGGACUAAAAGUAGCACACCACUUCAUUGUUUGGCGCAUUCAUUAAAUCCAAGGUAUUAUAGUUCAGAAUGGCUCCAAGAAGACCCUAGUCGGGUUGCUCCACACCGAGAUGUUGAGCUUACAACUGAAAGGAAAAAGUGCUUUGAGAGAUACUUUUCCAAUGAGGAAAUUAGAAGAAGUAUCAAUGUGGAGUAUGCCUCUUUCUCUAUGUGCUUGAAUGACUUUGGAGCUAUUGAUUCUAUGAAUGAUAGGUUUCAUUUGGAACCAGUGAUGUGGUGUAUUGUCCAUGGAGCUUCUACACCUAGUCUCCAAUCCAUAGCAUUGAAGCUACUUGGACAACCUUGUUCCUCCUCUUGUUGUGAAAGAAAUUGGAGCACUUAUAGUUUUAUUCACUCUCUAAGAAGGAACAAGAUUACACCACAAAGAGCGGAGGAUUUGGUAUUUGUGUAUAAUAAUCUUCGUCUUUUAUCAAGGAAUAGCUCAACCUACAAAGAAGGUAUUACUCAAUUGUGGGAUGUUGGAGGAGAUGGCUUUGAAAACUUGGGUGAAGAAAGUGUCGGGAUGCUUGAUAUUGCUAACCUUUCACUUGAUGAACCGUCAUUGGAGACUACUUUGAUUACUGGAGGAGACAUCAUGAACGUGGAAGUUGAAUGAGACUUUUUUUUUAUUUUUUAUUUUAAUUUCGUUUGAAUGAUCUUUUUACUUUUUCAAGUUUUAAGACUAAUUGCUUAUUGGAUGAACUAUCUUUCUAAAUGUUUAGAGUUUAUUGAAAUAAAUUUGAAUGCUUA